AUGAAUAGUUUGAUGCAGUUGAGCAUUGUUGCUCAGAGUUGCUUGGCAGACGAUUAUUUUGACUCUGAUUCAACGUUUCAUUCUCCCAAGAAACAGGUGUUGGAUACAAUCAAAUGUGAAAGGGCUGAUUCAAAUAAUUUCUACUGUGGUUCUUAUACCAUGCUCCCAUAUCCAGAUCAUAGCUAUGCCAAGCUUUCCCCACCUUGUAAUUUUGUCAGAUGUGAAGAUAAUUUGAGUCUGGAUCUAGCAGACUGUAACAUUUUGUGUCCAGUUGCUGUGGCCCCAACAUUUCAACAAAAUGUAAAUACCAAUAAUGUAACAUCUUCAAAUGUUGUUUCUUCAACUAAUUCAGAGAAUUGUUGGGAGGGCAGUGUUACAAGAUGCAUUUGUGAGUUUGAACAUGAUGAUGGCUACAUGAUAUGCUGUGAUAGAUGCAGUGUGUGGCAACAUGUAGAUUGCAUGGGAGUUGAUAGACUGAACAUACCAGACAUUUAUCUCUGUGAACUCUGUGAGCCAAGAGAGGUAGAUAAACAUUAUGCCAUCAGGUGUCAAGCCAGAAAAAGAGAAUUAUUACUAUCUCAAAAAUUGGACUCUAGUGACACAGACACAGAGGAAGAUGUUAAGCCAAAAAAGAUGAUGAUGAAAAAAAAGAUGAUGAUGGUGAAGAAGAAGAUGAUGAUGAUGAAGAAGAAAAAGGAGAACAAGAGGAAUCAGUCAGUUGAUGCUGUGCUAGAUCAGACUUUAAAAUCUUCUCAUCACAACAAGAUGGCAGGCCAGGCUUUUCCCAAUAAGAAGCAAAGAAGGUUGUCUGGCAAACAGCAUCAACAGCAGCAGCAUCACCACCAAGCUCCUACUUCACCACUUGCAAGAAGAAUGAUUUCACCAACAAAACAACACACAUCACCGACAUCGUGGUUGUCAUCAUCUUCAGCAGCCACUCCAUCUGCAACAACGUCAGCAGCAGCUACUGCAGCAGCAACAACAGCUCUCAGAACCCAAGCUAUAACAUUCAAAAUGAUGGAAUGCCCAAAUGAAUACAGUUCAUUGUUCAUUGAGAAGUACAAUUCACUACUGGUUCCCGGCAUCGUUUUUGAUAGAGGAUUUGACAUGCUGGCCUAUUCAUCGUCAUUUCCAUCGUCAUCCUCUAUGUCACCAUCUUCACUGCAUCACCAUGACAGCAGCAGCAACUGCAACAGUAGCUGUGGUAGUUCACUGGUAGCUGCUUCUAUUUUGCAGAUAUCAGCUAAUAUUAAGGCUGAAGGGUUAGAAGCCACAGUUGAUAUAGAAUGUGGGCAGCCAAUCAUAGAAUACAAAGGAAAAAUUAUGCUAAAAAAUGAAGUCAACAAUCAAACAAGUAGUUUAUCCAUGGUGGAGGUUAUGAAUUACGUCCUAAGGUAUGUGUCAUCAUCAGCAACAUCAUCCCCGUCGUCAUCAGCGUCUUUCCUGGACGUCUGCAUCAACCCACAUGUUUUUGACAAUCACCUCAUCAAGCUCAUCAAGAGAUCCACAAAUCCUAAUACAAAGCUGGUCCACUUUUUUGAUGCUGACAACAAGUUGAGAUUCGUCGUCUGUAGUUGCUGCAACAUAACUCGAGGCACACAGAUCACGUUGCCUCUAAACUUCAGCAACAGCAACAACAUCAGUAGCAGGAAUGACAACGUCAUCAACAACAUCAGCAACAACAACAUGAUCAUUGCUAGCAACAACAACAACAACAACAGCAGCAGCAGUAACAGUAGAAGUGUCAACAGUUUUAAACAAAGGUCUGCCGUUAGGAGCUGCAGCAAGAAUGAUGACGUCGGCGAUGAGGACGACGAUGAGGAGGAUGAUGAUGGAGGUGGUGGUGAUGAUGACGGUGAUGACGGUGGUGGCGGUGGGAGAAAAAGAGAUAAUGAUGAAAAGAGAGGGACUGAUGAUAGAAAGAUGGAAGAAGUUGUGAGAAGGAGAAGGAGAAAAAGAAAGAUGUCUUCUGCUAUAAAGGUUGAAGUAAAAGAGGCAAGUGGCAGAUUACUAAACAGUGAUGGUGUGGCUUCAGAUAAUGGCGGACAUGUUGAUAAUUAUGAUAAUAAUUAUAAUUAUUACUCCAGUAAUAAUUAUAGUAGUAACAAAAAUAGCGAUGUAAAGAUUGAGUGUAAUAAACGUUUUAAAAAGCACGAUGAAGAUGAUGCUAAUGUGAAGGUCGAGUGUAAAGACAGCAAUGAUGAUGAGGAGAGGGAUAAUGAUGAAGAUGCUGAAGAUGAUGAUGACAAGAAAAAUGAUAGUGGUACCAUCGAUGUGCUAACAUCAUCUCCACCUCACUCAUCACCUUCACCACAACAGUUCAAAAGUAAUAAGCAUUGUAAAUCCCCAUUCGAGCAGCAAAACAACAACCACAAGCUUUCACAAGAGCAACAACAACAACAGCAGCAGCAACAACAACAACAAUUCCAACGACAAAGACGUACAUCGAGGUCGAAAUCAUUAAAGGAAGUCGAUAAGAGGAGAAAAAGUAGUGAGACGGACUCUUCAUUUCAUGACAACAGCAUCAUCAACAGCAGCAGCAGCAGCAAAAACACAUCAAACGUAAGAAAUACUACUACCACCACCAGUGACAACAGCAACAAAAAGAUAUUGAAUGUUGUCAAGAGAAAAACAGUUUCAUUGAUUGAAUCAGAUUCACAGGCCCACAAAGCAUCCCAAUCGACAUCAUUAUCGUCGCCGACGUCGUCGUCGUCGUCAUCACUUCUUCAACAAUCUGCUGACAAAAAACUGUCAAGAGAAGAGAAGAAGCUAGAGGCAAUUAUGAAGGCGUUCGAAAGGAUCGACAGAAAGAACGAGAAGAAGGUGAUGAAGGAAGAAAAGAAGAAUAAUAUUAAUAAUAAUAAUAAUAUAAAUAAUAAUAUGAAUAAUAUUAACAAUAAUGAUCAUGAGAUGAUGAGCAAACAACAUAAGAAGCAGAGGAUGAAAAAUAAAAAGCCUGUCCCAACACUCAAAGAUAAACAGCUCAAGUGUGUGACAAAGAGGUCAACAUCCUACCACCUUGCCGCGACUACGCUUACUACGACUGCUUGCAGUAGUACAACAACACCAGCUACAAAUACAAAUGUCACUGAUAGCAACGUCUGUGAUGAUGAUGAUGGUGGUGAUGAGGAUGAUGAUGAAAUCAAAAGCGUAGCUAAUGGUGGCGACGAUGACGAAGAUGAAGAUGAUGAAGAUCGCCAGAUAAAAGUUGAAGAUGACGACGAUGACAAGAAUGACGCUAAUGCUGCUGCUGCUGCUGAUAGUGAUGAUGCAAAUGAUGACUUCAGUGGAAAGAAGAACUAUGGGGUGAUAUAA